AUGUCGUAUUGGAGUGUCGGAAUUACUGAAGAUACUGAAGAGAUUGCCAACAGUAUGGGGGAGCAUGAUGGCGCUGCCGACAUGGGAGUCAAACAGUCCAUUUUGGGCAGCACCCCCCUGUGCCAGUCACCUACGCUGGAGAACAUCCAGGCCGCCUAUAAGGAUGGCGAGGGCUGCAGGGCAAGCGAGCUCAUCAAGAUCUCGUGCCAGGACAACAGUGGAGGCCGGACAGAUGGGGCAGCUCUGCUUUGUUUGGCCUCUCAGCAUGGUGAUGUGGAGAGUGUGCGGUUCCUGCUGAAGGAGGUGAAGGUUCCUGUUCCUCUGGAGCCCAGUGAAGAGAACCCGGCCAUCCUGGCCGCUCAUUAUGGCCAGCCCGCCGUGGUUACAGAACUGCUCAGCUCCAUACCGCCUCCAUGCAUGCGUAAAGAUCUGUUGAACUGGAUGUUGGCUAUCGCAUGCCAGGAAGGACAUUUGGACGUGGUGAAAAUGUUGGUUCUGAAUUACCAGGCCGACGCUGAGAACUGCGCCAUACACAGCGAUGAGUUUGCCGUCAUCACCGGUCUGCCUUUGUACGCUGCAGCCAGGGCAGGAAAUGAAGAGAUCGCAAACUUUUUACUGGAGAAUGGUGCGGGAUUCUCGUCUUACACGCUGAUGGACCACUCGGACUUCAGCCAGCAACUGCUGCGCCAACGCCUCCUAGAGGCCAAAGACUCACACGGCGGUGUUAGGGGGGAACCGGAUCUGUGUGUGCAGUGGAGUGAUCUGAAGCUUCCCUGGCUGAAGCUGGACUGGUUUAUGGAUGUGUCCUCCAGGAUCUCGGUCCUGGAUCUAUCCUAUAACAGUCUGACAUCCUUACCCUCUGUAGUGCCUUGGGGCCUAAUUAAUCUGCACAGCCUAGACCUCUCUCACAACCAGCUCAAAGAGCUGCCAACUGCUCGUUCAUCGCAGGAGAUCAUCUGCACGAAAUUAUGCCAUGUUAAUCUGUCUGAGAAUGAGCUGGACAGCCUCCCAACUGGUCUGUUGCAUCUCUGCCAGCUUCAGACACUUACUGCAGCCAAGAACAAACUCACCGAACUCUUCCACAUCCCCCAAGCCACUAACUGGAUUGGUCUGCGUAGACUGCAGGAGCUGGAUGUAUCAGAUAACUGUCUGAGCAGACUACCCUCACCAGUAAUGCACUGUUUCAAGUUUCUCAACAGUCUCAACAUCAGCAAGAACAAGCUGUCACAGUUCCCCGACCCCUGGGCGUGCCCACUGAAAUACUGCAAAGCUUCAAACAAUGAGAUUAAAAGUCUCCCGGACACUAUAUCAAUCUUCUGGCGCACUCACCUGAAGGAACUGGACUUCUCUGAAAAUGCCCUGACAGAGCUCCCGUCGUAUAUAUUUGAACUAGAGGCUGUUGUCUCCCUAAAGUUUUGUGGGAAUCAAAUCUCAUCACUGCCUGCUCCUAAUAAAUGGAAAUGCUCUCAGCUUAGAACAUUGGACCUGUCCAGAAACCAGCUGGGGAAAACAGAGGAGGGCACCAAAAGCAGACGGCUGGCUUUCUUUACCACGUGGCACCGGAGGGACCCAGAACCAGCGUGUCCCAUCCAGUUUCCCGUAAUCUUGAGGGAAUCUUUGGAAGUGCUUUUCCUGAACGAUAACCAACUGGACUGUGUGCCUCCAUCAGUGUGCUCCCUGAAGAACCUCUCUGAGCUUUAUCUGUCCAAUAACCCAGGUAUCCAGGAGCUCCCGGCAGAACUAGGUCAGCUCUCCAACCUGUGGCAGCUUGAUAUUGACGACCUGAAUAUCACCAAUGUCCCAACUGACGUCAGGAAGGAGGGCCCCGCGGCUGUGAUGGCAUACCUGCGUGCCCAGUUGAGGCGGGCAGAGGCCUGUAAGUUGUUGAAGAUGAUAGUGGUUGGCCCACCUCGCCAGGGGAAGACUGCCUUGCUGGAGGGGCUUCAGACAGGUCGAGCUACACAGUUUCUCCCCAACGAACGCAGCAUUCGUACAUCCACCUGGGAACUGGAGCGACCCAGUGGUGUCAAAGCCAGUAUGGACUCUGUGUUCUUUAAUGUGUGGGACAUUGGAGGCCCAGCCAGCAUGUCCACAGUGAAUCAGUGUUUUUUCACGGAUAAGGCACUUUACGUGGUUAUCUGGAACCUGGCUCUGGGAGAGGAGGCUGUUGCUAACCUGCAGUCUUGGUUACUGAAUAUAGAGGCUCGUGCCCCUAACUCUGCUGUUGUGGUAGUUGGCACACACCUGGACCUCAUAGAUACAAAGUUUCGCACGGAGAGAAUCGCCACCCUGCGUGCUUACAUCCUAGCACUCUGCAGAACUCCCUCGGGUGCUCGAGCCAGUGGUUACCCCGACAUCACCUGGAAACACUUACAUGAGGUGUCAUGUAAAACACUGGAGGGUUUUGAUGGGCUCAGAAGACUGCUGUACCAGGUCUCCUGCUCUAUGAAGGACAGUGGUAAUCCAGCCAGUUGCCACAAACUGGUUGGAAGACUGAUCCCCAAGAGCUACCUCACCCUGCAGGAGGCAGUGUUGGCAGAGCAGCAGAGGAGGGAUGCGGCUGAUGAGGUUCAGUAUCUGACUGACCUGGAGCUGGAACAGAUUAUAGAGCAGAUCCCAGCCAGUGACAUCAAGGACUAUGAGGACGUGCAGACUGCGAUCAGUUUCCUUAUUGAGACGGGUACCCUGCUGCACUUCCCAGACACCAGUCAUGGUCUGUGUAAACUCUACUUCUUGGAUGCAGUAUGGUUGUCUGAGUGCUUGGAGCGGAUCAUCCAUCUAAAGAGCUCACGCUCCGUAGCACGUAAUGGGGUGAUCCGUGCCGAGGACCUCCGCAUGCUACUGGUGGGCACAGGGUUCACCGAGCAGACGGAGGAACAGUAUUUCCAGUUCCUUGCCAAGUUUGAAAUCGCACUACCCGUGGCCAGCAACAGUUAUCUGUUACCCCACCUCUUACCCUCCAAACCAGCUAUGGAUAUCCAUGGCUUCCGCCAACAGACCAGCAAUACCAUCCAGCGUCACUUUAAGAUGAGCUUUGUUCCCGCGGGAUUCUGGGAGCGCUUUAUAGCCAGGAUGCUGAUCAGUCUGAACCAGAUGGAUUUGCAGGCAUUUGAGACCAAAAAGAACUCAAAAAGCCCCAGAAACAGGAACACAAUCAUCUACAGCUUUGCAGGGAACCAGCAGAGGAACCGUUGCAGUACAUUCAGAGUACGGCGCAGUCAGACCAUCUACUGGAAGGAGGGCCUGCUCGUCACCUUCGACGGAGGUUACUUAAGUGUUGAGUCAUCAGAUUUGAACUGGAAGAAGAAGAAAAGUGGAGGCAUUAAGAUCAUCUGUCAGUCUGAGGUGAGGGAUUUCUCUGCCAUGGCCUUCAUCACUGAUCACGUCAAUUCUCUCAUAGAGCAGUGGUUUCCCGCUCUGACGGCCAGUGAGAGCGACGGCUCUCUGCUGAUCGAGCAGUAUGCCCCUUGCCCCAUCUGCAGCACUAUGUCCAGGCAUACAGAUCCUCAACCCCUGAGCGGAGGCAACCCCAGUGAUGUCCACUACUUCAACAUGGAGGACUGUGUGUUAGCCGCCGUGGAUAAAGAGUACAUCACCUGCCCAAAGCACCCCAAGCAGCCUGUCCCUCUACAGGAGCUGGUCCCUGAGCUCUUUAUGACUGACUUCCCCUCACGGUUGUUCUUGGUGAAGAGUGCAUUGGAGUGCAGUGAGGGGGAGAAGGACAUAUUGGGUCAGGGUGGCAGUGGUACCAUCAUCUACAGAGCCAAGUAUGAGGGCCGGCCCGUGGCAGUCAAACGCUUCCACUUUAAGAAGUGCAGGCAGCAGUCCCUCCACAGUGGCACAGACACCAUGGUGAAACACCUGCAGUCCAUGGAUGCUUCCAGAAGCUUCUCAGAGUUCCGGCAGGAGGCCAGCAUGCUUCACUCUUUGCAGCACCCUUGCAUCGUUCCUCUGGUGGGCAUUAGCAUACACCCAUUGUGCUUUGCCCUGCAGCUAGCUCCACUGGGCAGCCUCAACACUGUGUUGGAGGAGCGAUCAAAAGGGUCUCAAUUCAUGCCACUGGGUCACAUGCUGACCUUUAAAGCAGCCUAUCAGAUAGCAGCAGGUCUGGCCUACCUCCACAGGAAGAACAUCAUCUUCUGUGACCUCAAGUCGGACAACAUCCUGGUUUGGUCGCUAGAGCUGUGUGAUUCCGUUAACAUUAAAUUGUCAGAUUAUGGAAUAUCACGCCAGUCCUUCCAUGAAGGGGCACUAGGGGUGGAGGGCACACCUGGAUAUCAGGCUCCUGAAAUCAGACCUGGCAUUGUCUAUGACGAGAAGGUGGAUAUGUUUUCUUAUGGUAUGGUUCUGUACGAGCUGUUGUCUGGUCGCAGGCCAGUCUUGGGGAACCACCAGCUGCAGAUUGCUAAAAAGCUGUCAAAGGGCAUUCGGCCAGUGCUGGGAAACCCAGAGGAGGUUCAGUUUUACUGCCUGCAAGCCCUCAUGAUGGACUGUUGGGACACCAAACCUGAGAAACGUCCUCUGGCCAUGUCACUGCUCAGGCAGAUGCAGGAGCCCAGUUUCCCUUGCCUCAGAUACAUACUACAGUGUGAUCAACACAGCCAGCUCUUCCUCUCCUCACAGCAGGCACACUCCGCUAUGUUCUGGGAUGGAGACAAAGACGACAGGAACUACUCGGUGGUGAAUGUGGCUAAAGGUCAGAUGGAGGUGAGACGCAUGCCCUGCCCGGGAACACGGCUCAGCUGUCAGAUGAAGAUGGAGAACACCCUGUGGACAGCCACUGAGGAGCAGGAAGUUUUUAUCUACAGUCUCAAAGAGAUGUGUCCCUUGAGCCAACCCCAGAAACAUCUCUCUACUCCAGCAGUCGUCACCUGUCUGUUCCCACUGCCGGGCAGAAAAGAGAACUUGCCCCGAGUGUUUGCAGGUAUGGCAGAUGGCCUGGUGGCUGUGUAUACUCUGGUAGAUGACAUGCCAGAGGAGGGAGAGAGCUACAUCUGUUCCCACACUCUGAAUAAGUCUCUGUUUGGCCUGGAGGACGCUGACCCUCGGCAGAGACCUUAUCCUGUGCGCUCUAUGAUCCUGGUGAGAAGUGGUUCAGAAGUGUGGUACACAAACGGUCCAGGUGUGCUGGUUAUCGACUCCCUCACCCUCCAGGCCGUGCGUCGGCUUGACCCGUAUCUGCAUCCCUCCUGUGUGGUGUCCAUGGCAUCGACCUCAAGUUGCUGGGGCGACGAAGCUGUCUGGUGCCUUGACGACCACACCAACACCCUGUUGAUGUACCAUGCUGCGAGCUACCAGCUGUGUGCUAGCUAUAACUGCAGCGACGUCAACCCACUCAGGGACGUUUUCCCUGUGCACAGACCAGCAGGGGUCAACACCCCCACAAAUUCCGACGCCGGAGGAAGUCAGAGAGGAGAUGAGGAGUAUCCGACAGCACCUGUUACCGUAACGGUGAUCCACAGCAAGGAGGCCGGAACACAGAUCCUCCAACAGCAAGACUCUUUGGACUACUGCUCCAUGAGCUCAGGUUUCAGUUCUGAACAGAUUGACCUGAUGGGCAGCACGGACCAGGUGAACUCAGCGGGGCUCGCCCACAUAGACCGCUCCAGCUCUGGAGCCCUCAGCUCUCUCACCAGUUCGGCCAGCAUGCCUUUCUCUGUGGACUGCGAGGAAACAGACAAGCAGCAGGACCAGCCCGGCGCCGACCAACUCAAUUCUGAGCUGCUUAGCGCCGACCAGCUCGAUACAGAUCGACCCAACGCUGAGCCCUCGCACACAGAAAGCCCAGGUUCAACCCCACACUGUCGCACCCCUCCCCACCUACAGGCUGUCUCUGUGCUAUCAGUCAACGGCACUCUCUGGGUCCCCAGGCGUGGGGGUGAUACCAUGGUAAUUGAGGUGCAAGAGCAAGCGGAUUUAGCCAGGGGAAGAGUCAUUGCCGUGCUCAGUGUGCCAGGAAUGCCCCAGUAUGGAACCCUAGUGGAGGCUGCACUGGUUGCAAAGGACACUGUUGUGUGUGGCUUUCGUAAGGAAAACAUGGCCUGGUGCCUCGCUGUCUGGAGGGGCUGGGGCGGCCGCGAGCUGGAGCUCUUCUACCAGGGCUAUGAGGAGCUGGGCCGCCUGGAGAUCAGCCUGAGGAAAAGAAGGUAG